AUGACGGCCAAUGUAAUCAUGUGGAUUAAUAGCACACGCAUUGUCGGUAAUGCAACAAUUGAAAACCUCGAUUUCAAGCUGCUUGAAACUAAGAUCAACGAUGUUGACCAAGCAUCCUUCGGAGAUCUUGGAUUAUUUGGGGCCGAAUUUUUGGAAAAAUUGUUAACCGAAAUCCUCCAGAUUGGUAUCGUUAUGCCUACGAUGCAAGGAGUUCAAAUAAAAAGUCCAAGGCUUACAUUCCACGAACGUUACCUUCGAGUAAUGACGUACUUCAAAUUGGACGAAUAUUUCACCGGUGAUCUCGUACAAACAGCUGUAAAGCAGUCACUCAAUCAUGUUGGAUGA